GCAUGGGCAGCGAUUUUGCAAUCAAGUAGAAUAACUGAAUCAUUCUGCUCGAUAACUUUAUACAAGUUUGAGAACCACAUAUGUUAUCGACAUUUAAAAACAAAAAAAGCUUUUCAUUUUGAUUCAAAAUUUAGACUUAAACUUUGUCAAAGAUUCAACAUGAAAUAUUCAUUGGCUGUGCUUAUUCUAAGUAUGCUUUCUGGAUUUGACUUUAUGACGCUGCAGAAAUUGUUCUGUCGUGAACAAGAACAGUUACUCUAUUAUUGUUCUGCCAAAAUGCAAGACGCGUAUAUGCUCCAUGAUGACAAUGAAGCAACUUUAUGUAGUGAGUUCUCCCAGUAUUUGACUUGUGUUCAAGAUUCUCAAUGGACAUGUCCAAAUAUGCUUAUCUUCACUGAUCCAGUCUUCAUUUAUGCUGUUGAAGCAGCACAAGACAUUGCCAGCACACUUUGUGGUUCCAAUGUGGAAGCUGUACACAGAGUAUGCUCUCUAUCUAUUGUGUCGAGGAUGGUUAAAUACUGUUACAAACUAGCCAGCCAGGGUCAGAUGGACACUUCCUUCCAAGAGAACUGUUUAAUCAAUGCCCAGUAUUUGGCUUGUGUGACGUGGGUCAACACCUCUUGCCUAAACAGCCCUGCUCUCAGAAAUUACAGCAUACCUCUUGCUAUCAACAGCUCUAGGGCAUUUGUUCGCGAAUGCGAAAAGCGUUUGGGUCGAAGCGACUUUAUUUCAACAAAACUUAAAGAUACUUAAACACACAGUGUCUUGUUAGGCUAUAUGUAAUCAAUGUUAUUGACGAAUUGAUUUGUAUAUGUAGUUAAUUUGUUUUUAUUGUGCUUUAUUUCUUGCUUAAGAGUGGGUUUAGAUGUGAUAGUCUUGCAUGAGUAAUCAUAUUAAUGUUAAAGGCAAUACAUGUAUAUGCAUUUCAAAUAAUGAAUAAUAAAAUAAGGGAGGUAACAACUGCUACAAUUGAGCAUAUUUUUUUUAUAUAGUUUUCUCCCUUUAGUUUUGUGCGCUUUGGCUCUAUUCAGUUUCUUUCCGAUCAAGUGCCAAUGUC